CUCCUCUGCUCUCCUCUGGUCCCUUCCUUUUCCUCUUCGAGUUACAGUCGUUGCGCCUGUAAUCCCAUCGCCGCACCAUUCUUGUAUCUUCUCUCUCUCUCUCAAGGUCGAGGCCACCGCUCGCUGCCCUCAUCACAACUCCGCCGCCAUCGCUCGACCUCACGCUGCACCGCCUCAAGCAACACACCCAACUUGUUCCACUGGCGGCCAUUCCUCUCGUCCACAAAGGCCAUUCAUAAUUGGUUCAACAUGGAGAAGGAUGCUGGCAGCAGAAAAGGUCGUCAGUUCCCCCCGGCGCCCGCACUUUUACCAUGGCUUGUAUACCCUCAAGGGAAAACUUUUAAAAACCAGAUUUUUUGCUCUGUAUCACAGCCAAAGCAGAUGUUGCUUAUGAGCACCCAUCGCAGAGCUGAUCAUAUUAAGCAUAACAUGGUUGUUAAGAGCAUUCCUGAGCUGCGACAUCGCAUUAUCGUAGGUUCCUGCUAUGGGUGGCUUCUUGUAUUCCUUGACUGGGACUUCUCUCUCUUUAAUCCUUUGACGUUAUCCACCAUCAAAUUGCUAAAUUCUAUUGAAGAUCCUUUCUGCUUUGGCAUUUGCACGUUGUCAUCCCCUCCAAGCAAUCCUACUUGUACAGUUUUUCUUUUUGAUAAUAUGUCCCACCACAUUAUAUUUUGUCAACUCAAUGACCAGCGAUGGACUCUGCAAAACUACAGAAAACAGAUUCCAAACAUUUUAAGAAAUGAAUUAAGCUGGAAUAUGAGGUUUGAAAUUGUUGUUGCUUUUGAUUCUAAAUUAUAUGCCUUGACUUUAGUAAGUGGUAUGAUGGUGGUUAUUGAGGUUGAUGAUUCACACCACCUUAAGAUCACAUCCCUCGGAAUCAGGGGGCCAAAUUGGCCAAGAAAUUUGAUCUCUGGAUGGCACUUUCUGUUGGAAUCAUGUGGUGAAAUCCUUGUGGCUCAACAGCUCUAUGGAGUGAGGAACGACAAUGAAGCCAACACCAUAAAGGUUCAUAGACUGGACUUUUCUCGGAUGAUCUGGGUAGAGGUGAAAAGCUUGGACGACAGAAUUUUGUUUUUGGGUCGUAAUUGUUCAGUUUCAUGUCUUGCAACAGAAACAGAAACCCAAGGGAAUCACAUAUUCUUUACUGAGCUAGAAGAAAAAAGCUUGUAUUCAUUCAACAUUGAAGAAGCAAGCAUUUCAGCCUACAUGUCUUGGCCAGAUAUACCCACACCGUGGCAUAGGCCCAUUUGGGUCAUGCCUAAUCGCAGGUUAGCUGGCAUGCAAGCAGAGGCCAAACAGAGUGAUAACACUAUGAAAGAAGAAUUCCCUUGUAAGGAGGAUAAGGAAGGCAGCGAUGAUGUCGAGGAUGUGGAUCAAACAGAUGCAAAUACAGUAAAUUGGAGUGAUCUUUGUUUUGAUAUUUUUUCUGUGGUUGCAAAGCAUCUUAAUCUGUUUGAUUACAUGAACUUUCGAGCUGUUUGUAGAGAUUUUCGAUUAGCUGCCCCUCCAACAAAUUGGAAGACUGCGUCUCCUAUGUUAAAGAAUCAUAUUCUAUCCCAUGGUUUAUGUACUUAAAGAACGGUGAUGGAAUUUGCUAUCUUAGUGACCCAAUUCAUGGUAAUACAUUUAAAAGGAAGAACUUACCAGAAAUGUUGUCAGGUGCUGAAAUCUAUUGUUCGUGGGAUGGUUGGUUACUAAUGUCUAAAGAUAUGGAGUCCAUAUUCUUCUUCAAUCCUUUUACAGCGGAGCAAGGUGAAUAUCCCAGACGCGAAAUGUUUUGUAUAGUUGGAAUCGGCUUUUCAACUUUGCCAACUUCUUUAGACUGCACGACUAUUGUAAUUUUCGAUACACAUGACACUACAUGUUUUUCCUUUAUUCAUUCAAGGGAGAUGGCGUGGAGAUAUGUUUACCAAGUUAAUGGUCGUGAUUUCACAGCAGUCUGCAACCCAGUUUUUCUAGAUACAGCUUUUUACGUACUGGGUUCAAAUGGGAAUCUAGGAGUCUUCAACUUAAACAUAGGGGAAGGCCAUUGUGAUGUUCUUGCAAAACCUGAAAGGCCCUGCAAUUCCUUUUCCCAUGGCUACUUGGUAGAAUGUGAUGGAGAGCUCUUAUCAGUUUUUGUGGGUCAUUUGGGAAAAUGGGUUGAGGUCUUCAGGCUAAAUCGCACUGACAUGGUAUGGGUCAAGAUUGAGAGUUUGGGAAACCAUAUGCUCUUUGUUAGUGAUUCGUCCUGUGUAUGGGCAGUCGCUAAAACCCCAGAAAUGGGGAACAAAAUUUACUUUCCUAGAUUUUAUGGUGAGACUCAAAGCAUUAUUUUCUACUCUCUGGAAACAAAAAGGUAUCACUGUUUUGGUUAUGAGAUUUCUUUGGAGAAUUUCUACGGCACAAGGAAGCUAAACAAUUGUUGUUGGGUUGAGCCGAAUGGGUUUUAGAUUUUUCUGCAGAGUGAAGUUUCAUUAGUCUGCAAAGUUUCAAUAGCUUUGUGGCAGCUGAAUGUUUUUUUUUUUUCCACUGAAUUUUAUUUAAUGGUUGCUAGAAAUGGGUGUAAUUGUGAAUGUUUUGAGGAAGAAUCAACCCUUACAUGUCAUCUCCCUGCCACAUUGAGUUGAUUUUGUCUCAGAAGGAAGAACCUGUCAAGAAGGAGCCUGAGACCUCUUGCUGAAACUGCAAGGCUUGAAAUUACUAAGUUGCUUCGCCUCCUGUGCUGGUUACUAUGUGAACAUUUUUGUUUUGCUUUUUUGAUGAGACACUUUCCAUUUCAUCAAAUGUUUAAUUUCAAAGUUGAUGGAAUCAUUAUAAAGUAUUUUAUUUUUGGAUU